UCAACCUCCCAGUCGCUGUAAUCGACUGAGUCUCUUCUUGAUUGUAUUCUUCAGGUUUUGUUGGGAAAGUGUCCGGCAAAACAAUGGCUAUUAUUACACGCCAUCUCGCUUCAUGGCUCACUUGAGAUGGAGCCCAGUGAGCAUUUUAUCGUUAUUUAUGUUUUAAGGGAUCGUUGAUGACAUUUUACUGAAGGUGUAUCUGCUAAACUGGAAAGUGAAGAAAGACAAAGGGAAAGGCUUUCCAAUAGCUAGAAUGGUUUGGGCCUAAAAGAAGACAAGAGCAACAUGAACCGUGAAGACCGGAAUGUGCUACGAAUGAAAGAACGCGAACGGAGAAACCUAGAAAUUCAGCAAGGCGGAGAGGCCUUCCCCGCCAACUCCCCUCUCUUCCCAGAGCCCAUAAAAGUAUCUAGCAAAGAAGACAAGCUAUCGAGCCGUAUCCAGAGCAUGCUUGGUAACUACGACGAGAUGAAGGAGACUAUCGGUGAAUCCCCCAUGUCCAAAUCCCCCAUGUCCAAACUCAUCAGUAAAGCGUCCGGCUCCUCGUCCUCCUCAGCAGAAGGAGGAGGGAGCAGUGGAGGAGGAGGUGGAGGAGGAGGAGGAGGCAGCUCCAGCAAGUGGACUCCAGUAGGACAGGGCGGCGCCUCCUCCUCGGGCCCCGGGAAGCGUUCGGGCGGGGCGGGCAGCAGAGGAGGCGGGAGGGAGAAGGACUACAGCAGCAAGAAGUCCAGCAAGCACAGCACCUCCAGCAGCUCCGCCUCCAGCGCAGAGCAGCCCAAGAGCCACGCCUCCUCCCCCGUGCCCGCCAAAGGCUCCUCCUCCUCGCUGGGCUCCUCGGCCCACGGACGCUCCCUGGGAGGAGGUGGAGGAGGAGGAGGAGGUGGGGGGGAGCACCACGGCUCCAGUAAGGACCGCUACCGCAAGUCUCCGCGGGAUCGUGAGCGGGGCGAGCCCAGCUGGGACUCUCCGUCCCGCGUCCACACGUCCUCCUUCGUCCCCGCACAGCACUCCUCCAGCCAGGCCUUCCCGCCCUCCCUGAUGUCCAAGACCAGCUCCAUGCUGCAGAAGCCCACGGCCUACGUCAGGCCCAUGGACGGCCAGGAGACCGCCGAGCCCAAGGGCUCCUCAGACGGGGGGUACGGGGGCUCGGGCUCGCACGGGAGCGGAGGAGGAGGAGGAGGAGGUGGAGGAGGAGGAGGUGGCGGAGGAGGAGGAGGAGGAAGCAGCUCAGCUGCCGAGAUGAAGAGUAACGGGAAGGCAUCGCUCGCCAAGCUGAAGAUACCUUCACAACCGGGCUCCAUGACGGGGGACUCCAGCUGUGUGGACGAGAUCUUGAAGGAGAUGACUCAGUCCUGGCCGCCCCCCCUGACUGCCAUCCACACCCCCUGCAAGACAGAACCCUCCAAGUUCCCCUUCCCAACCAAGGACUCUCAGCACCCCAGCUUCAGCAGCACAGGCCACAACAAGAGGGUGAGCGCCGGAAAGAGUUCGUCUGGUACUCACGGCUCCAAAGCCUGCGAUGGCGACCAGGCCAACAUGCUGGAGGAUGACCUGAAGCUGAGCAGCAGUGAAGACAGCGAUGGAGAACAAGACUCCACCAAGACCGCACCACGCAGCGCCCCCCAGAGCCAAGGCCCGGAGCCGGUUGAGAUUUCGCGUGAGGACUCCAGUAGUCAUACGGGGUCUGAGAGCAGCUCCGCCUCUGACAGCGAGAGCGAAAGCAGCUCCAGCGAGAGCGAGACCAACGAGCCGCCACGCGCAGUGUCACCAGAGCCGGAGCAGCCCACGGCCAACAAGUGGCAGCUGGACAACUGGCUUCAGAAGGUGACCCAGAAGUUCUCACCGGCGUCCCCGGUGGACAACAGCAGUAACAGCAACAGCGCGCAGCCCACCAAGUACCGCAAGGAGGGCCGCGGGGAGCAGGCCUCGGGACGCGGCUACGGCAGCCAGACGGGCUCAAAAGACGCCAGCGGGACCAGCAGCGGCGCCCCCCAGGGCCGCGACCUGAGGCCGCCCCAGAAGGGCUCGGAGGGGGGGCGGGGGCGGCAGAAGAGUCCCGCCCAGAGCAGCGAGAGCGGAGCAGGAAGCCAGCGCAGGACGGUGGGCAAGAAACAGCCCAAGAAGUCGGAGAAGCAGCCGCCCGUCGUGGAGUCGCCUAAGGGAGGCCUGAUGGUGGAGAGCGAGGUUCCCCAGGACCUCCCGGUGCCGCGUAACAAGGCGCCCAGUAAGGGCCUCCGCAAGCCCAACAUCAAGAAGGAAGCCAAGAGCCCCCGCCAGGCGCAGACGCAGCAGGACAAGCGCAAACCCAAGGCACCCACCAAGACACCACAGAAAUCCAAAGAGUUUGUGGAGACGGACUCCUCGUCGUCGGACUCUGAGGGUAACGAGAGCAUCCCCUCGUCGUCCCAGACGCCAAAGUACGCCACGGAGAGCAUCCGCACGCCCGUCUGCGUCUUCUCGCCGCCCCUCCUGGAGGAGAAGGAGCUCCUCUCCCCCAUCAGCCCCCUGCUGGACUUCCCCACACGCGACCGCGAGAGGGAGAGAGAGCGGGAACGGGAACGAGAGAGGGAGAGGGAGAGGGAGAGAGAGCGCGAUCGGGAGCCGCGGCAGGCCUUGCUGGUCAAGAUUGACCUGAGCCUGCUGUCGCGCGUCCCCGGCAGACACUACAAGGAGCUGGAGAUCAAGACGGAGAUCAAGACGGAGAGAGACAGUGGAGGAGGAGGAGGGGGAGGAGGAGGGGGAGAGAGAGAUGGCAAGGAGACGCAGACCAAACAAGCCAGCGAGGGCAAGACCUCCAGCAAGGGCAAACGCAAACACGGCACGCACAGCAAGAAUGAUGAGGACGGUGUGAAGCAGGAGAGCAAGAAGUCUCGAAUGGAGGACAAGACCUCACACCACAAGUCCAGCAGCAAGGAGUCCUCUAAGCGUGGUGGUGGUGGUGGGGGGGGCGGUAUUAAAGAAGAGAAGGACUUGGCCCCCUCCCCCUCCAUGUCGGGUCUGCAGCGCACCCCCAAGCAGGAACACUCGUCCAGCCGCAAGCGCACCACAAGCCAAUCAUCAACCUCCCUCUCCAGCUCAGCCAGUAGCGGCAAGGAGGGCGGGCACAGCAGCAAGAACGGCCCCGCCCCCAAACACAGGAAAGAGGACAAGCAGGGCAGGAGCACGCGGGAGGGCAAGGAGAAGUCCUCCAAGAUGCUGGAUAGUCAGCUGUCCGCGUCGCAGCUGUCCGAGGGCUCCAAGGCCAGAUCCAAACUGCAGUUCGAGGACCGGGUGCACUCCGCUGACCACUACCUGCAGGAGGCCAAGAAACUCAAACACAACGCAGACGCACUGAUGGAUCGUUUUGAGAAGGCGGUGUACUAUCUGGACGCGGUGGUGUCCUUCAUCGAGUGUGGCAACGCUCUAGAACGCAGCGCACAGGAGGCCAAGUCACCUUUCCCCAUGUACGCAGAGACCGUCGAGCUCAUCAAGUACACUAUGAAGCUGAAGAGCUACAUGGCACCAGACGCCACUCACGCUGACAAGAGGCUCGCCGUGCUCUGUCUGCGGUGCCAGUCGCUGCUGUAUCUUCGUCUCUUUAAACUUCGGAAGGAGAGUGCCCUCAAGUACUCCAAGACCCUGACGGACCACUUAAAGAACUCUUUAAGCAACACCCAGGCUCCGUCUCCAGGGAAUAAAGCGGCAGGUAUGCCGUCUCCUGUGUCCCCAAAGCUCUACCCUGGCAGUGCGGGGAGCUACUUGUAUUAAACACAUCCUUUCUC